AUGGAUUCAACGAAAGACCAGAAGAAGGAUGCGGAGCGACUCGCGCGGGUUCGUGAGAACCAGCGCAAGAGUCGAGCCCGGAAGCAGGAGUACGUGAAUGAGUUAGAGCAGCGUCUAGCAGUGUAUAAAGAACAAGCCCACCAGAAAGACAUCGAGCACCGCCUGGCAACGCAAAAGGUCGAAGCUGAAAAUCGGCAUUUGAGAGCUCUUCUGGGAUCACUGGGAGUUUCGAGUGCUUCUGUCCAGCAGUAUCUGCAGGAAGCGGACACGGGAGCAAACAUCAACCGGAAGGUUGCUAUUCCCGCCAUUCAGCGAGUAGAAGGAGAGAACCCUCUGUCCCUAUCGCGCCGGGAUGCUCGCAGAUCAAACUUGUCAAUGGCAGUACCUCGCGUCUACAAAGAGGAACCGGAGACAACUGAGCCAGCAGCAGCAGUCAGUAGUGCAUGUUCCUCGACAGUGGCGCAACCAACGGAUCAGCCAGAAGCUGUCAGGAGUGCAUGUUCCUCGACAGUGGUGCAACCAACGGAUCAGCCAGAGGUAGCCAGGAGUGUAUGUGCCUCGACAAUGGUACAAUCGACAGAACAGCGAGAAGCAGUUAGGAGUGCAUGUGCCCCGGCAGUGGUGCAACCAACAGAUCAGCCACCAAAGCAAACGCCACAAGAAGAAGAUCCGGCUUUAUGUGGAUGCCGAUCCGACAGGGAGAACCCGGAAACGGUAUCUGAUGAAGACGUGCUCAAUUCGACGCUGUGUGCCAUUGCAGAAGAAAUGAUCAACCAGUACAACACCAAAGGAGUUGACGUUGAUGAGAUCCGACGAAGAAUUUGGUCUGGGUUCCGAGCAGGUGCAAAUGGCACAGGCUGCAGAGUUCAAAAUCACAUUUUGUUCCAAGUGCUAGAUGAUAUCAGCAGUGAUGUUUGA